AUGCUCGCUCAUGUUGUGCCCCCGGUGAGCUUAGACCAGGCAUACGAGGAAUUUCACGAGGCUGAAGAUGUGCAUUCUUCUGGUUUAGCUGCGUUUAUUGACCUUGUGGAGUCCGAUCCAGUUACUAAUUACGUGGAUUGUGGUUCCAAGGGUGGUAAAAUUGUGUCGGUGGAUAUCGUCCCAGCGUGUGGGGAUGAGCGGUAUUGUAUUUUGCAGUCAGGGAAAACUGUGAAACUUGCAUGGACUAUUCAGGCGACCGAAGCUCUGAAAAGCUUGCAGGCAAAGGUUUACGGCACUAUUGCUGGUAUCCCAGUUCCUUUCCCACUUCCUAACUCUAAUGCAUGCAAAGAUUCUGGAAUCAGUUGUCCCGUGAAAGAUGGAGAUACUUUCACGUAUGACUUGAAUCUCGAUGUGAAAUCCGCCUACCCGAAGAUCCACGUUGAUGUGAAAUUUACGCUCGUCGAAGAUGGAAAAACGGUGGCUUGUUUCUUGCUCCCGUCAAAAAUCGAAUAGUUGUCAGUAUCGCCGAAUAGUUGAUCGGUCUAUUUCAACUGUGACUUCAUUCAGUUCAUCCAUUGCGUGCGUCUUGCCAUCGUCCGUGGAAAAAGUGAUGCAUUGAUUGUUCUAAGUGAUGCGAUGAAUAUUUGGUUAUUUGGUG